CCAGCGGAGCAGUGCAGCCAGCUGACUGACACUGAACGCACCAGGCUGUGUGUGUAUUUCUUCUUUCUUUCUUUUUUUUUUUUUUUUGCCGCGCUGCGCCGUUUGGAUCACACUUAAGGGGGACACGGAAUCAUCAAUAGCACCAGCUCUCCUCCUGCGUUUCUUCCAACUUCAUUACGGGCUACUUUUCAAGAUGACAGAAGAAAAGAGUGUUCGGCAUGUAAAGCUGGUAAUCGGCCAGCUUCUGUGGGAUUUGAUGUCACCUUUAGAUUGGUUUAAUUGAAGAUGGAAACACUGGAGUCUGAGCUGACCUGCCCGAUCUGCCUGGAGUUGUUUGAAGACCCACUUCUCUUGCCCUGUGCUCACAGCCUGUGCUUCAACUGUGCCCACCGCAUUCUCGUGUCCCACUGCUCCACCAGCAAGCCCCUUGAGUCCAUUUCGGCCUUUCAGUGCCCCACCUGUCGUUACGUCAUCACGCUGAAUCACCGCGGCCUGGAGGGCCUAAAGCGCAAUGUGACGCUGCAGAACAUCAUUGACCGCUUUCAAAAGGCCUCCCUCAGCGGCCCCAAUUCCCCCACUGAGAGCCGCCGCCUGCAGCCGCAGCGGCCCUACACCGCCACCAUUAGCGGAACAAUAGCUGGAACAAUUGGUGGCGGCAGCGGUGGUGGUGGAGGUGGAAGCAGCGCCCGCGGCAGCCCGGCCUCUUCCAGCCACUCCCACUCGCAUGCCAACCACACCAAUCACGCCAAUCACGCCAACCACACCAACGCCAACCACAGCCCGGCUGUUGUUGCUAAAAUGGAUCCACGUAUAAGCUGCCAGUUCUGCGAGCAGGAUCCGCCACGUGAAGCUGUGAAGACUUGUGUCACGUGCGAGGUGUCGUACUGUGACAGAUGCCUGCGCGCGACACACCCCAACAAGAAGCCGUUCACAAGCCACCGCCUGGUCGAGCCGGUGCCAGAUACUCACAUCCGUGGUCUGACCUGCCUGGAGCAUGAGAACGAGAAGGUCAACAUGUACUGCCUGGUGGAUGACCAGCUCAUCUGUGCUCUCUGCAAGCUGGUGGGGCGCCACCGAGAGCACCAGGUGUCCUCGCUCACUGAACGCUUCGAUAAGCUCAAGGCUUAUCAGGUGAGCCCGGGCAGAGUGUCAGAUGCGGUAAUGGAGGCUUCAAAGACAAGCGCUGCGCAAACCUUGGAGAACAACUUGACCAACCUGGUGAAGCGGAACAGUGAACUGGAGAACCAAAUGGCCAAGCUGAUCCAGAUCUGUCAGCAAGUUGAGGUGAACACAGCCAUGCAUGAAGCCAAGCUGGUGGAGGAGUGUGACGAGCUUGUGGAGAUCAUCCGUCAGAGAAAACAGGUCAUCGCUGUUAAGAUCAAAGAAUCUAAGGUGAUGAAACUACGCAAGUUGGCUCAGCAGAUCGCAAACUGUCGCCAGUGUCUGGAGCGAUCCAGCGCACUCAUCACACAGGCUGAACAGAGCCUGAAGGAGAACGACCACGCCCGCUUCCUCCAGACUGCCAGAAAUGUAGCAGAGAGAGUUGCCAUGGCGACAGCCUCCUCCCAGGUACUCAUCCCUGACGUCAACCUGAAUGAGGCAUUUGACAACUUUGCCCUGGACUUUUCCCGUGAGAAGAAAAUUCUGGAGGGCCUAGAUUACCUAACAGCUCCAAACCCUCCAUCCAUUAGAGACGAGCUGUGCACCGCCUCCCACGACACCAUUACUGUCCACUGGACGUCUGAGGAUGAGUUCAGUGUCACUUCCUACGAGCUGCAGUACACCAUCUACACCGGCCAGACUAACUUUAUCAGUUUGUACAACUCAGCUGACAGCUGGAUGAUCGUACCAAACAUUAAGCAAAACCACUACACAGUGCACGGCCUGCAGAGUGGCACCCGUUACAUCUUCUUUGUCAAGGCGAUCAACCAGGCAGGGAGCCGCAACAGCGAGCCAGCCCGCCUCAAAACCAACAGUCAACCCUUCAAGUUGGACCCAAAGACAGCCCACAAGAAGCUGCGUCUGUCCAAUGACUGUCUGACCAUGGAGAAAGAUGAGAGCUCGCUGAAGAAGAGCCACACCCCGGAGCGUUUCAGUGGCACGGGCUCCUACGGCGCUGCGGGGAAUGUCUUCAUUGACAGUGGGUGCCAUUACUGGGAGGUGCUACUAGGAGCAUCUACAUGGUAUGCCAUCGGCGUGGCUUACAAAUCAGCCCCCAAAAACGAAUGGAGCGGCAAGAACUCAUCCUCAUGGGUAUUCUCACGCUGUAACAACAACUUCAUGGUACGCCAUGACGGCAAGGAGAUGCUGGUGGAGGCGAGCCUGCAGCUGAGGCGGCUGGGUGUCCUGCUGGACUAUGACAACAACUCGCUGUCCUUCCACGACGCGAUGAACUCCCAGCAUAUCCACACCUUUGAAAUCUCCUUCCUCCUGCCCGUUGUACCUACUUUCAUGAUCUGGAACAAGUCGGUCAUGAUUCUCACAGGGCUACCUGUGCCCGACUUUGUUGACGGCGUGGCCACAGAUCUUCAAGAGCAGCAGCAGCAGCAGAUGGGCCUGUGUCGACAAGACUCGCCAUACUUGACGGGGAUGAAGACCUGCCACUGAGGAAGGUCCAGAUAAUAGCAGAAAGGAGUCCAAUCAGACCCUGAAGACUGAAAGACAUGGACAGUGUGACCAAGUUCUGCUCUCUGCUCUGCAUUAAGAGUGGACCAGUUUCUUUCUUACGGAUUUAGACAGUGUUGGAGAUAUGCACACCAGUCUUGAAAAAUGUCAGUCCUUUUAGUUUGUAGCAUCCAAUGCUUUACAACUUCACUAGUAAAUGGGACAGAGGGCUCUUGACUGUAAAUGUCAGCAAACCUGAAACUCAUAUGAUGCUCUGGAGUCACUUAGGGCAGGGCUGGUUUUAUUUACCAUUCUAGGUCUUCCAUUUUGAUGUAGUUAUGUUUUAAUUUGACCCUUUGGGUGAAAGUCCAAUGGCAAUGUUGUUGUCGAUUUUCAGUUUGAAGCUACAACAUUUGAACAGUGAGAUAAAGUGAUAUCUGAUCAGUGAAAUAUGAAAAGUCAAAGCAAGUUACAGUCGCAGCAAAAAGUAUUGUGAUAAAUCCAAAGACGACUGACAUUUAUAACCAUCUCUCACUAAUGUUAUGCUUUCUGUAACCUUAAAAAUGUCUCUGUCAGUCUGGCCUUGCAUAGCACAAAAUCAAAGGUUUCCUUUUAGUCUGUAACCUUCAGAACUUAAAAGUUAUUUUAAGGUGGAUCACUUUCCAAGUUUUAUUACAGCCAAACUAGCUGUCUCUUCUUCUUCACAUGCUCCACUCUUCAUUGAUGUAAACAUCAGGCUAACUACAGAUACAUCCAAAACAGAUUUAGUCUUGUUGUUCAAACCAUCAUUUUGCUAAAGCAAACACAUGCUAGCUGUAGGCACAUCACAACAGGACAAAUUAAAAAUCAUCCUUUGUCACUGUUCAUAUGUUGUAGCCUCAGCAGCUCUUUGUUGCUUAAGUCUUAUUAAUGAUCUUUGUCGUAGAUUUGACGCAGCAGUCCUGUUCAUUCUGGCGGGUCCUAGCUACAAGUUUCAGGAACUGCUAAUGUUGCUUGCAGAUAAUUACAAGACCAGAGCAUCAUGUGACCUCUAGACAUGUAUGAUUAGAGAUUUAUUGGAAAUGAAUAAAUCUCUAAGAAAGAUAGAAAUGUGUUAUUUAUGAAAAAUGUUUUACUUGUAGUAAUAAUCUCAAUAUAUUGACGAUGCACUUUUAAUAACUACUAUUUCCCCCCAGUGAGUAAGGACCUGUGUCCAUAGAUGGCGUUUUUAGAACUGGCAGUGCCCUUACCUACGUUUCAGAGCACUUCUCAGCAGAGUUUAUUUUUGCUAUGUUACAAAAGUUCACUGCUGCUUACCUUGGCGGUAUCCUUAGGUCUUUUUGAAAUGCUUAAUACUACAAUACUUAAUAUCUUCCUUAAUUCAAGAAAAUGUUGCCAAGAAAACAAAAGGAUUUACAGCAACUAUGAUAUAAAUUAUAUCAGGUUCGUUUCUCAUCCACUGAUAUUGUUGAAAAAGCUGAUCUCAGAUGUCCCACCCCUUCUUGAUUUUGACUGGUAAGUGCAACAGUGUACUCCAUUUUAUUUUGUAAAUGUGUUAAAUUGAUUUUUUUUUAAAUGCAGUAAAACAGAAUCAAAAUGUUAUUUUAAUAUCAUUCUUAUUCUAGCACAUUUAUGUGCUGAUGAGUGCAAAAUUAAACAUUUUAUCCUCUUAUAUCAGCACUCAAAUAUUCCUCAGAGAACUCUGGACACUGAAAAAGCUGGACGUUAUAGUUUUUGUCUUAGAAAGACCACUGCUAGGGUAAAAACUCCAUUUUUGACACAAGCUCUGAGAUAGUGAGGGUCUGUGCUCACUAACACUGUUAUUUAGCUGGCAGGUUAUUGUAGUGGGAGCCUUUUUUUUUUUUUUUUUUUUUUAGCAUUUUCUACUCCCCCUGACAUCAGCUGAUUUCUGUUGCUCUGCUCCCAUCCCCCUGGGUGAAAAGUGCAGUUCAAUGUCACUUUUCCCUAGCUGGCCAAUCAAAAUAAAGAAGGGGUGGGGCUUCUGAUAUUAUCUCUGUCAACAAUAGUGGCAAAGAAAAAACUAAUCUUACUAGUCUUUUUGAUGCAAUACUCCAGGUCCAGAGCUCAUGCUAAUGUGAGGACAGUUCCCUUACAUUGUUUUAAUGUGUUCUUGGUGAUUUUUUUUAAUUGCAAAACUGAAGAAUUUAGAGCAUUUAAACAGACCAUACAGUUGCUACCAAGAGAUGUUGAAGUUUCUUACUUUGAAACUAUAAACCUUGGUGAGAAGUGCUCUCCAACUGUGGUUACCAGUGCAAAGAAGUCAUUAGUGGGCACAGGCCAUUAUAGAGAUGGCCAUAAUAUUAAAAUCUCCAUUUCCAUUUCUUUCAACUUAUAUUAAGAACAUGAAUUAUGGUCAUGAAGCCAUGGAUGCUGAUUACUGACCAUUGAAAAUGUAUUGCAAUAAACACUGUUAAAAACUUUUUUUUUCCAUUUAUUUUGGAAACUCUUCACUAAAAGCACUUUGUAAUAAAAAAGAAGCCCCUGCUGUAAAGUUAAAUAUAUAUAUUCACUGUGCUUUGGACACAAUUAGUGACUUUCUCUCCCUGCUGCCCUUUUUCAUAGCAUAUAGUAAUUUUAUCUUGUUUAGUAAAGGGAUAUGAUGUUAUGCGACUUUUAUGAUGAUCAACUAAAGAUAAAGUAAUAGCUGUUUAUUGAGAAAAAAGCUCACUCUGUUGUCGACAAUUCAGGGAAGGAGGGAGCUAAUACUUUAACUUGCUGUCUGUUACAAUGUCAUGGCAUGAUUGUGUUUUUCUCCGUGAUUUGUUAACACAUGCACACAAACAUGCACAUGCACACACAUAGACACAUUGUCAUGUUUUGUUUAGGCUGGCCUUGUGGUGAUUAAUGCAUGAAACAUUAUAGGACCCCGCCCUGGUCAAUAGAUGAUUUAAAUAGCUCUCCAUAUCAAGUAUUUCAUCACAUACAUUUACAUUGUUUAACAGCAAAGUUGACCUCUAAUUCUGUCACUUUCAAAAAGCUGCCAGAUAACCCAGUUCAUGGUUUGUUUUGUUUUGUUUGUAGUUGGUGGCAUUUCCUCUGGUUUGAUAUUCAGGUAGCAGUUCUGGUUCAGACAAUCAAAUAUGUGUCACUGAUGUUCAAAGAUGCGUGUAGCGUGAAAGGGUUCAUAAAAGGCAGAUAUUGUACAUACUCUUUUGUUCAUGAAAAAUUCCCACCCUUUUACCAUUUCUUUACACCAUCAUGGAAUGUGCUGAAAGUCCAUGUAAAGCGAAAAAGAUACUGGUCUCUAAACACAUUAGUCGUAAACGUGAUGCCAUAAGAAUGACAUGUUUCAAUGGAUCAAUGAUGUGGACUGGUGGAAAGUUUUUUCUCACUUUAGGUUCAGAGCCAAACUGGGGGCUUGCUGAUGCACUGAAGGAUUAUGGGUAUAUUCCCAGCCCCUUUUUAACAGACAUGCCCACACAACCCAAUAGCACAGAUUGAUUUUUAUUGUUGUUGUUUUGAAACUUAAAGGUCCCGUGAGAAACUAUUGGUGUGUCGUUUGGAGACCCCUGUGGACCAAAAGGUACACCUUAUCAUUUUACUAAUUGUAUUUUUGACAAAGGAAUUCCAUUCAGCUUUCUUUCGGCAGUCAAAUGUAUCAUUAAUUGAGCAUUUUUGCAUGGAAAAGUUGAAGAACGUGCUAUUUUACUCUUGUUUGUUGUUAAUGGGUUCCUCUGACACCUACACUGCAGCAGCAGACAUCAAUGACAAAGAAAAACUAAAACCUUUUAAACCUUUCAUAGCCAGCUCAAAGUCUAACACAAGCUUUUUCUUCAGAUAUAUGGUUUUUGUUUUUCUUUACUGAAAUUUGGCCUUGCUAAGAGCCUGUGUCCACAGCUGCUACUUUUGCACUGUAACAUUCACAACCUCAGUUUCAGACCACUUCACACCAGCUCUUAUUGUUGCUGAAGUUGAUUUCUGAUAUCUUUGGCAGUAUCCUUGGGUCAUUUUUAAACAGCUCUGUGAGCUUAAUAUUUUCUUCUGUUCAAGAAAACAUCACCAAUAAAACAUCAAACCAAUGUAAAAGAAUUAAAAAAAAAAUGUUAAGAUGAGUCAGAUUAAUUUCUUCUAGACCAUUGUUGUUAACAAGGCUGAUAUCAGAAGUCCUACCCAUUCUUCAUUUUGAUUGGUGAAGCUUUUCUUUAAAAUUGAUCUCUUUUUUUAGUACUGCAACAAAAACACACAUUGGCUUUGUAUAAAGAAUUAUGGCUGUGGACACACACUCUGAUAACACAGUUUUCUGUUACAUAAAAAAAACUUAAAAUGCAAUUUUUUAAAAAUUUGUUUUACGUGGGCCUUCGUGUUAAAUGUCAUGUGAUUUUACAGGCUUUGAUUUGCCUCACUUAGAAAAUACACUCAUACUUGACCAGAUCACAUUGAGUUCAGUCUUUUGCUAGACUUUACUGUUACAGGGUGAAAGCAGAGAUUCAGAGAUGAAAAAUUCUUGAGCUUCUGAAAAUGUUUGAAAACCUUCCUUAGCAUGGCCUCCCAGUCUGUUUGAUGGCACUGGUUUCUGGAACGCUAUACAUAUAACAGAAAUACCCUGCUAGUCUGCUGUAACACAGAAAGAGGAGGUAUUUUUACCUGACUUAGAUAUCUACCCAUCUUGCUGAAUAAUGUCGGUCACAGACUCAAAGCCAUGUGUGUUGAUUCGUGAUCCAGGCUGACAAGCUCAACCCAUCUGUGCAAGUGUGCUUGGCUGGGUCACUGCAUGAUUAUGUGACCUUGCUGCAGGUUCAUAACUCUUCUUAUCUUCAAGAUGGGGCUUCUUAUCUUGUGUCAAUACAUAUUCUCCUUUUCUUUUCUUUUUUUCACGUAGAAAAAAAUAACCAUGACAAGAACACUCAGACAGAAAAUGUUCAUUGCCAUGCAUAUCAGAUAGUUUGCAGUGCUCUUUCUUUGUGUCACCAGUCAAUACAGGUAAAUAUAUACAGUACAGUGAAUGAUUUUCAGUAGCUUCCCACUCCUUGUAGUGCAGUGUAAUACCCUAGAGAAAAUGCAGUAGAUUCUUUGUUUUUGCUUUUUCUGUUUGUGUAACCUGGGAAAUAUUUUUUACAUCUCAAGAGAAAAAUUCUCCUCUCCUUUUGGCUUUUGGACCUUGAUAAACAGCACAAAAAGAGCAGCGUUGCGUUCAUGCAAGGCUUUCUGUAUCCAUAGAUAUGAAAACUACUUUUAGCCAGAGAGGAAUGUAAAUCAUAUGGGGAAAUAUAUAUUAUAUAAAGUUGUAUAAUAUACAAAAUAUAUAUGAACCAAUGUUAUUUAUGUGAAUUUAAGUCCAAUUAAAAGUCUGAU